AACAAGCUUCGCGGACGCCUUGGGCAAGUUGAGACGGGCGAGGGGAAGUCGCAUGUGGUGGCUUUACUGAGUGUCGCACUAGCGGCAACGGACAAAUAUGGCGUUGACAUGAUGACAUCCAAUCGAGUCCUUGCCGAAGAUCAGUGGGCAGAAUGGAACGACUUUUACUCGACUUUAGGGAUAAAUGCGGAUUCCAACGCUCGCCAUGUGUACGAAAGCUCACCGGUUGCGAGGCACUACAUGUAUCAGCGCACGAAGAUCGUAUAUGGCGAGAUCGGUGCUUACCAACGCGAUUUUCUGUUAUCUGAGUACGACAAGCAGAAAAUCAGGGACAAUUUAGUCCCGGCCAAAGACCGCAUGAGUGUCGAACAGGUCGUCGUCAUCGACGAAGUUGACAGUCUCACUAUCGACAAUGCUGACAAGUCGCUCUACAUUUCUCACGAAGUGAAGGAUCUAGAACGUUGUGCACCUGUUCUUGUCCGGAUCUGGGAGAUGGUGAACGAAAUCCCUUAUGAUGCAGAACUGAUGGGUCAAGAUCCUUGGGAAGAUGAAGUUCUGAUUGCCCAACUGACUGACCAAGUGUUAGACGAGAUUCGUCGGAAUCGAUUCGAAAUUCCUCUAGGCAAUCCACUGCUGCGACGCAUGAUGCUGAACCCCAAACAAAUCUCAGUCUUGGUUGAGAACGCCUUCUUCGCUUUGUCUUUGCGGGAGAGUGACGACUAUUUGUUUCCUUCGGGAGCUGGGGCGAAGUGGAACGAGUUGAUGGCGCCGACUCAGGAGGACUUGAACAAGGAGCUAACGCGUAGUCGCACAGCAAUGAGCGGGAAAGAUUUCGACAAAGUUUCAUCGACUUUCAAAGAGCGCAUGGCCACACCGGUAAAAGGUCCCACAGUUGAUCCCAACGACCCACUGAAGAAAGAAGCAAAGCCAGACCGUAAGGGUUCUCAACAUGACGACAAAGUGUUGCCUAUGGAGAAGGACACUGGACAGGAGAACCCCACAACACGCUGGAGCAAUGGUUUGCACCAAUUUCUACAGUUGAAGCAUUUGGGGAAAUUGGAACCGCUAGGAUUGAAGGCUUAUUUUGAUUCGAACAUGGGUUUUUUGAAGAAAUACGCCUUCAUGUUCGGCAUGACGGGAACGCUUGGGCAACGACAAGAAAAGAGCUUCCUACGCUCCAUCUAUCAGGUCGAUUUCUUCAAGUUGCCACGAUAUGAGCAGAGACGCUACUACCAAAUGCCCAGCGUGAUCUUGGAUUCUCAAGUCAUGGGCGCAGAGAAGCUCAAGAUCUCCAACCAAGCAGAAGCAAACUCUUUGAUUCUUUUGGAGCAGGGUGAUGUAGCUGGUCACGGUGACGAGAUGCUCGAUUACUAUGGUACACAAUUGCCUGUGCAGGAUCAAGUCUGGGUAGACGGAAUAGCAGAAUCUUUGACGUUCGCCUUAAACCCCUUUGCCCGUGAGAUCCUGAGACGAGGAGCGAAACUUCCUGAAGUCCAAACCGAUUUCGUGGACCGAUACGAGAAGUUCAGACUGCGUGGCUUGAACUUGGAAGGACAGAGGGAAGAACUCAUGGACAAGCACAACGCCUACGCGAGAGAGUUGCGCUCCAGUCUGAACAAAGUCGAAAAAGUCCUUGCAGCGGUCAUCGGAGACGUCGGAAACAUCGAACGCUUCAUCCAGAGCACAAACUACGGCCUUACAGCCUUAUUCGGGAACACGGAAGAGAACAAAAAAGUGCGACGUGACUUCGUCAAUCUCGAAAGUGGUCUGUUAAAGGAAACGCCGAUGUUGCAUGCGUUAUUCAAGACGCUGGUGAUGCGUGAGACAACAAUUUUGGAAGAAGGCCAAGAGACGCUCAGCAGCUACUCCUCCACGCCUCCUGCUCCGGCUGAUGUUCCUGCUGGACGACCUCCUACAUCCAUGACAACUUCGUCACCAGAUCAUGGGCAAAACUCGAACAUGUUGAACUUGCUAGCCGAGGCCUUGAUGGAAAAGAGCUCAGCUUCGCAGCUACAAGCAGCAAUUGUUGAGAAACAAAAACAGCAGCAAUUGUCGAGAGCUGGCUUUUUGAUUAGUGCUGGGGAUGAUCACGGUGAUGGCGAUGCCGGAGGCGCCGGGAGUAAGAACACAAGAGACGCUUCUGCUUCCAGGGAGGCUGCUGAUGCCCAAAAUUUGGUAAAGCAUUGGAAAAAGGCUAAGGGCUUGGUCGGCAAGUAUUGGGAUGUCAUGAAAGAGGUGAAAGCUGUGGAGAAGGAAAUUGCAGGAAACAACGUAUAUUUGCGAGUCGCCGAAGCCACUAAGAAAGAGUGGGAACAGCAGGAGUCAGGACUUGAAGAAGAUCUUCAAGAUUCUGAAGAUCUACGUAGUGCUGUCAAGCGUCGCUUCCGUUUCCGAUCGUGGAACACUUUAGAGGAAACUAUCAUCCAGAAAUCCACUGGACGCACGAGAUCGAUCAUCCACGAGAAUUCAUUGGGUGAUGUUCGCAGGUCUGCGCUGAUUGUGGUGGAGAGUAUCAAAGAUGUGCAGAUGCUUUACGAAGUACUUUCCAAGCAUCCGCAUCUGCGAGAAGCUGUUCAGCCGAAGUUGUACCAGUUCAAGACGGUCUACGAAGGCAACCCGAUCGCGAGUCCACGUAAGAUGCAACCGGGUGAAAUUCUGAUCACAACGAACAUCGGAGGGCGCGGCAUGGAUUUGAGUCUGAGCUCUGUUGUGGAAAGCAAUUACGGAUUGUAUGUGUUAGUUGGUUACGUACCAGGAGACAGAGGUGGCAAGCGCGUUGAAGAACAAGCUUUUGGACGCAGUGCACGGGAUGGACGACCUGGGUCUGGCCAGUAUGUC